GGAAAAUACCAUAUCUCGUCUUACCUACCUCACAAAUCAUCUCAGUAACAGCUAAGAGAAUAUCCAAUUAUAAACAUAACCAAUUCCCCAUGUGAUUCUCCAUCCUAAUCAUGGAAACAGCAGAAUAGAUAAUCCAAUUCCAUUACAUAUCCACCCAGCACCGAACACCCCACCAAAGAAUUUGAUAUCAGCAGCACACCCGGUCUAUCCAGGUACCCGUAGCUAUCUCAAAAAAAUAAAUCUCCAUAUACAACCGGCACAAGAAAUUAACCCAGCAUAUCUCCUCCACGCCGCCAAUCCUCCCUCAAAAUGAUUUGUUCACGCUGUCUCACCCGUCGGUCCAUCCCUCUGACCCAACCAAUCCGUCUCUUCUCACACACAGCGCUCCUCUCCUCCACGCCCCCAACAUCCACCCCCUCCUCUCCUCGCACCGCCGGCCCCCCAACCGCAACCUCCACCGGCGCAGCCCAACCCUUCUCAACCCCCCUCUCCCCCUCCCCCGCCGCCCAAGGAAUCUCCUCGCAUCCUUCCCAUACCAAAAAAUCAACCCCCUUACCCACAUCCAGUAUUCCCGCAGGGACCAUACUACAAGGACUCAACUUCCUCAAAGGGAGAGACGACCCCGUCGCUCUAAAAGAAGAAGAAUAUCCAGAAUGGUUAUGGCACUGUCUAGAUGAGAAGAAAGCUGCUGAUGGGGGUGCCACAGCAGGAGGCGAUGAAUUCUCAAAAUCUAAGAAACUCCGUCGUGCUGCUGCGAAAGCCCGCAGAAAGGCAGAAGAACGCGCGCUUCUCUCAGGCGACACCUCUCUGCUCGAAGUAAAGGUUCCUCUGCAGCAACAAUCCGUCGAUUUGUCCAGUGAAGGCGAAGCCGCAUUAGAACAACGAGGAGAUUUGGUAAAGGCGAUGAGGAAGGAGCGCCGCGCGAAGAUUAAGGAGGGUAAUUACUUGAAGGGAAUGUAAAUUCAAGGUUGUGGAUAGGUUGGAAAGUCGAUGUGCUUCUUUGGUGCGGAUUGGGCUCAAUUCGUGGGGGAUUAUUUGAGGGCUUUGAGAGUUUUGAUGUUGAAGCGCUGCUCAAUAAGGAGUCUUCAUAUGGUGUGGCAUGUGGAAAGUAUAAAGCAGAAAGGAGAUGCUCAAGUCAAGAAGACACAUGCAAUUGACACAGCUAGAGCCAUGAAGAUUGGGCACUAGGGUACGAGGAAAGAUGUAAAAUUAUAUCACAUCUGUGUAAGGAUACUAUAGACAAGAAUCUGUAUUAUAAGGCAUCUAUCA